ACAUAACCAUACUGCAAGAAUCUUGUUAUGGGAUACGAAGGCUUACUGCUGUUUUCCAUUCUCUCCUUGGGAAUCCUUGGGCUUUCAUCGGGAGAAAAUAUUCAUAAAGGUGUGGUAUCUCGGGAGGAAUUUGAGGAUUUAAAGCGGCUCGUUAUGGGUUUAAACGAAAAGAUUGAAAUCCAAGAACAAAAACUGUUAGACCAAGAGAAUGAAAUAAACAGUCUAAAAGGCAAUGUUGAGGAAAGAGAUGAAUUCAUAAAAAAGAUGACAACCCUGUCAAAAGAAAAUCUUGAGAGCAAAAAAGAGCGGUGCAGAAUAGUCCCGGUUCCAACAGAAGCUGUGGUGGCCUUCUACGCCUACAUGUCAGCAAACGAAAACAGUCCAGGUGUCCACCACACCCUUAUUUACGAUCAUGAAGUGACCAAUAUUGGAAACGGAUAUAGUAGACAUUCCGGAACCUUUACUGCUCCUGUGGCUGGAGUAUAUGUGUUUACAUGGAACACAUUCACAGUAACUAAUUCCGGUAAUCAGUAUAUGUCAAUUGAAAUCACUCUUAAUAGCCAGCCAGUUGGAGUUACGUUUGUUCAAGGUGGAGGUGAUUAUGCAGGAGUGACGGGAACUGUUGUACUUUCUAUUCAGAAGAACGACGUUAUUUAUACACGCACACACAAAACGUACGUCCCCGUCGGAUCUAUUCGAAGUGACAACUUGAUGAGAUCAACUUUUUCUGGAUGGUGUUUGUCUUGCCAUUAA